AUGGCGCAACCUGCUGAAGCGUCGCAAACCAUUGAACUGGCACAGACUGGCAAACGUGAUUAUUUGAAGGCUCUUGAAACAAAGUAUCAAGAGCAAUGGGCUUCCCAGCAUCUCUUUGAAGUAAACGCGCCUUCUCCGUCAGAACUCCAGGGUUUGUCCAAGGCAGAGGCAAUGCAAAAAUAUCCUAAAUGGUUUGGGAACUUUCCCUAUCCUUACAUGAAUGGCAGCCUCCACUUGGGGCAUGCGUUUACGAUUUCCAAAAUUGAAUUCGCAGCAGGAUAUCAGAGAAUGUUGGGCAAGCGGGUAUUGUUUCCUCAUGGCUUCCAUGUAACAGGUCUGCCUAUCAAAGCUUCAGCCGAUAAGCUCGUCAGGGAAAUUGAAAUGUUCGGAGAGGACUUUGAAGACUUCGAACGCGUCCAGGCCGAUAUUAUGCGUCAAGCAGAGGCGGAAGAACCUUCCUCGUCUGAAGUUGGUGAUUCAGCCACAAUAGACAAAUCUAAGGGAAAGAAGGGAAAAAUUGUAGCCAAGUCGUCUGGUCACAAAUAUCAGUUCCAGAUCUUGUUGUCAAUUGGCGUGCCUCGUUCAGAUAUCAAAAAAUUCGCAGACCCUAUGCACUGGCUAGUUCACUUUCCUCCAAUCGCCAUAGAAGAUCAUACAGCAUUUGGUAGCCGGAUCGACUGGAGACGAAAGUUUUUGACGACGAAAGCGAAUCCUUACUACGAUGCUUUUGUUCGCUGGCAAGUAAACAAGCUGUACAAAUUAGGCAAAAUCAAGUUUGGAGAACGGUACACCAUCUACAGUCCCAAGGACGGCCAGCCGUGUAUGGACCACGAUCGGCAGGAUGGAGAAGGUAUUGGGCCACAAGAGUAUACCGCUAUCAAAUCGGAGGUCAUCGAAUGGAGUUCGGCUGCCAAAAACUUAAUUGAAGGAAAAGUUGGUGGCCGGAAGGUGUACAUGGUCGCUGCAACAUUGCGACCAGAAACUAUGUAUGGUCAGACCAAUUGCUUCGUCGGUACUUCUAUCAAAUACGGCAUCUUCGCCGUCAAUGAUAAAGUGGCUUACCUAUGCACAUAUCGCGCUGCUCGAAACAUGGCCUUCCAGGGGGUGACCGAAAUACGUGGAACUAUUGACCAGCUCCUCGAGAUUGAUGGUUCAAAACUUGUCGGUACCAAGAUUCGAGCACCUUUCUCCAUUAAUCCCGAGGUGUAUGUACUACCUAUGGACAACGUGCUGGCGACAAAGGGUACUGGUGUCGUCACAUCCGUCCCCUCCGACUCACCAGACGACUUCCAAACUCUAACUGACCUCCGCAAAAAAGCUGAUUUUUACAAGAUUGACCCAUCGUGGGCAGCGAUCGACCCUGUUCCCGUCAUUUCUACUCCGACUUAUGGCGAUCUCACUGCUCCUGCAAUUGUAAAGCAAUUGAAGAUUCAAUCUCAAAAAGAUACAAAGCAGCUUGCCGAAGCAAAAGAGAUCGCGUACAAGGAGGGUUUCUAUAGUGGUACGAUGUUGGUCGGGGAGUUCAAAGGCCAGUCUGUUCAAGAAGCGAAGCCGAAAGUACGAGAGAGUAUGAUUCAAGCAGGGUUAGCAUUCGCAUAUGCGGAACCCGAGGGUAUGGUCACCUCCCGGAGCGGGGACGAGUGCAUCGUCGCCUUGAUGGAUCAAUGGUACUUGGAUUAUGGCGAACCAAUGUGGAGAUCACAGGUGGAAAAGCACGUCGCAUCAAUGGAACUCUAUGGGCCUGAAACUCGAAAUGCAUUCGCAAAAACCCUUGCUUGGCUAAAUCAAUGGGCUUGUGCACGAACAUAUGGACUGGGGUCGGAUAUGCCCUGGGAUCCUCAAUACUUAGUCGAGUCUUUGAGCGACUCUACAAUCUAUAUGGCAUAUUAUACUGUGUCGCAGCUCUUGCAUGAAAACAGUAUCGAUGGCUCUAAACCUGGACCGCUUGGUAUAACUGCGGACCAAAUGAUAGAUGAAGUCUGGGAAUACGUGUUUUGCGAUGGACCGUGGCCUUCCUCUGCCUCACUACCGCAGGAAAAAGCUGAUGCUUUAAAACACGAAUUCAACUACUUUUACCCAUUCGAUAUUCGCUCGUCUGGAAAGGAUUUGAUCAACAAUCACUUAUCAUUCGCCUUGUACAACCAUGUCGCCAUUUUCCCUCAAGACAAGUGGCCCAUAAGCAUUCGUACGAAUGGGCAUCUAAUGUUAAAUGGUGCGAAGAUGUCCAAAAGCACAGGCAAUUUCCUAACCCUUCGGGACGCCGUGAACAAGUUUGGCGCUGAUGCAUGUCGUCUUGCCUUGGCUGAUGCUGGUGAUGGUAUUGAAGAUGCUAAUUUUGAUGAGAAGAACGGAAACGCCAACAUUUUGCGUGUCCACACCUUGUUGAGUUGGUGUGAAGAAAUGAUCAAAGACGAGGCCAACCUACGACAUGGACCACGUAACUAUCACGACGAAGUCUUCGAGAAUGAGAUCAACGACCUCAUCAAUACCACUCAAACUCAUUACGAUGCACUCAACUUCAAAGACGCUCUCAAGUUUGGUUUCUAUGAACUCCAGAGUGCACGCGAUUGGUACCGAGAAGUCACUUCUGAUGUAGGUAUGCAUGUCGACCUAGUCCGAUACUGGAUCGAAAUUUCUGCUCUUUUGGCUGCACCUAUCGCCCCUCACUUCGCCGAACACAUUUAUAUCGAGAUACUCAAGAAGCCUACAUCUAUCCAGCUCGCCCGCUGGCCAACACCCCAAAAGCCUGUGGACAGAACUCGCAUCGAGAUUGGACAAUACAUGCGCGGGACGGUCAAGAUGAUUAGAGAUGCUGAAACAGCCCUGGUGAAGAUGCUCAACAAGAAUAAAGGCAAAGGGAAGGGUGCUACAGCUUCAUUUGAUCCCAAGAAGCCAAAAAGUGUGAGGGUCUACGUGGCGACGAGCUUCCCAGCAUGGCAGGAGAGUUGCGUGCAAGCUGUGAAGGCUGCGUAUGACUCCGAGGCAGACAAGGUCGACGACGCAAAAGUGCGCGCCUUACUGACGGAAAGCGGGUUGAUCAAGAACAAGCUAGCAAUGCCUUUCAUACAAGCGUUCAAGAAACGAAUGGCUCAACUUGGCGCUCAGACUGCUUUUAGACGGACCUUGCCCUUCUCUGAAAAGGUUGUUCUUACUGAGCUUUUGCCAUACUUGAAGAAGACGCUGAGCUUGGUGGACGCCGAAAUUUUGUCCGUGGACGAGGCACAUGCUAAAGAAAACGAGGCAGGAUACAGCAAGUCUAUCAUCGAUAGCUCAGAACCAGGCAGCCCUGCAUUCGAAUAUCGAAAUGUGUAG